ACCACGUCAGCAGUACACGGCAUUGGUAAGUUGCCACGUCAGCAGGCCACAGCGGCAGGACACGUUAGUGCAUGGUGCUCACCCGCUCAAAGACAAGCGGCAUGGAGCAGCAGCCAGGCGAGACUACCGAGGCCUAUGAGGCCCGCAUGCUGGACAUGGUAGCCGAGUACAAGCAACGGGCAGCUGCGACAACGUCCGCACGUAAGAAGGAAGACGAUGAAGCAGAGGAACAGUGUCGCCUCGCUGAACAGCAGCGACAGGCGGACGCUGAGGCAGCAGCGACGGCUGCAGAUGAACAUCGUCGACUACGCCGAGACAAACUCCUCGAAUGCGAGGGGUAUAUCGAGGUGAUCGCCGACGAAUGGGCAGUGGCUGCUGAAGAGGAGGGUGCCCCCUCUGCUGUGCGUGGCCUUGCAACCACAAUCGAACAUGUGAGCGACUUGGUCGCCACUUGUGCAGCACAGCAAGAGGACAUCCUCUGCAUGGACACCGUGGUCCGGAAGCAGAUUCGUGUUAUUGACGAACUGCUUGACCGGGUACGCCGGCUGGAACAACAACUUGCAACAGCCACCCCCGCCGGACCCUCCAACUUGGCGGAUCGCAUCAACGUCUUGGAGAUCGACGUCGAGACUCUCAAGGACGGCGCUUUAACGACAAGUCAGCAGAUUGACCAGCAGAUUUGCGUUGCUGCAGCCAGUCCAACUGCGACCAAUCGCGAGAGCAUUCCGAAGUUUGACGGCCUCUCGAUCUUCUGUGAUGCAACGAAGACGGACCCGAUCCCAUGGUGGCGUCAGUUUGAGCUGAAGUUGGACAUUCACCACGUCAUCAAUCCGAACCGGCACUCAAUACUUAUACUCCCACGCGGGAGGACUAUGCUGCCCGGCUCGUUCCUUCUCUGGGUUCUCAAGCUCAAGGAUGUGUGUGCGGCUUCUUCUCCGUCCGACAACAACAACAGUAGAUCGUCUUCAAGUGGCUCUUCAAGGGAUUCGACGCACGAGUUCAACAUAGAGGUUUUGGACCCGUUGACGUCCGAGGACUUUGCAUGGCUUCCUCUCCCUUCCACAGGCUGCUUGCCGGGACCGCAAUGCGCAGCACUAUGUGCCCAUCUCCACGCAUACUUAGCCUUCUAUGCACCACCAUCUUCGCCGACGGAUGACGAAGCUGCGGUGGGGGACAUCCUUGCGUAUGUUACCAAGGUGGCCCGCGAGUUUCGCAUGCAGUGGUACGAUGAUAACAACGCACCGCUCCUCUACGUCCGCAUCCAAGUUGGGCAAGCGUCCUGCAGCGCUUUGCUGGAUAGCGGCGCGACUCGCAAUUUCAUCAGCCAUUCCUUUAUCCAAAGGGCCGGCCUUGACGCUCAAGUUCGACGGAAGCCAAACCCGACGGCGAUCAAGUUGGCGGACGGUCGGAUGCAACAACUCCUCGAUUGCUACAUUGAAGCCGUGCCGGUUUAUUUCGCACCUCAUGCAUGCGAACCGGUGACGUUUGACGUCUUGGACACGGACUUCGACAUCAUUUUGGGCAUGCCUUGGCUUGCAAGUGCGGAUCACACGGUUAACUUCCAUCAGCGGACACUUACCGUUCGCGACGCCUUCGGCGUCGAGGUGCCGUGUACCAUUCCUCUUCCGCACUCCUCGAUCCGGUGCCAAGUUGUAACGGCCAAGUCUUUUCGGGCCACUUGCGCUUACGAGCGGACCGACGAGAUCGGCCUAUGUUUUCUACAAGCCGCUGCGGCGAUCGAAUCUUCACCGACGGACUUGUCUUCGGACCCCCGAGUGGUGCGGCGGCUCGACGAGUUCACCGACAUCUUCGAGUUUGUGGUGCCGGAUCGGUCGAUUUCCCACGAGAUCAUUCUUGGGGCCGGUGUCGUGUCGCCGAAAGGUUGCAUCUAUCGCAUGAGCGAGGAAGAGGUCGAGGACUUGCAGCGCCUGAACGCGGUGACAGUGAGGGACGCAGGUGGCCUCCCCAACGCUGAUGCGCUUUCAGAGGCAUGCGCUGGGAGGGCCAUCAUAUCCCUCAUUGACUUGUAUUCAGGCUACGAUCAGUUCCCUGUAUACCCGUCGGACCGGCCUAUGACAGCCAUGCAUACCCCUCGAGGGCUGAUCCACAUGAACGUCGCACCGCAGGGGUGGACGAAUGCGGUCGCUAUGGUCCAGCGACACAUGGUAAGGGCGAUGCAGCCCAUAAGUCCUCACAUCACACAACCCUACAUUGAUGAUCUGGCCGUGAAGGGGCCUAAGGAGAAGGAUGAGCAGGAGGUGAUGUCAGGAAUCAGGCGCUUUGUGUGGGAUCAUGUGCAAGACUUGUGCAAGGUCCUGGAUCUCUUGAAGGAGCAUAACCUCACUGCCAGUGGGCCAAAAUCAAGGCACUGCAUGAGUGGUGCCACUAUCUUAGGAUUUGUAUGCGACAAGAGGGGUCGUCGGCCAGAUACUAAGAAGACUAACAAGAUUCUCGAAUGGCCAACACCGUUCCAGACUAUCACGGAGGUGAGGAGUUUUCUGGGCACGUGUGGGUUUUGGAGGAUCUUUAUUAAGGGGUUUGCGGCAAAGACGGAGCAAUUACGGAAGCUCGUGCGUCAAGGACAAGACUGGGAAUGGGGAGACAGACAAGAGUCGGUGAUAAAAGACCUGAAGAAGGAGUUUGAGGAAGGAGGUCUAGUACUGGGGGCGGUGAUGACCAGGCCGUUCAUCGUAGAGACAGACGCAGGGCCAACUGCUCUGGGAGGUGUGUUGAUCCAGCGAGAUCCCAAUGGGGAGGAACGACCACUAAGGUGGCUGCUGGAGCAGGAGGAGACUGGGCUAAGUUCAAGGCAGAAAUGCAGAGGCGGUUCAAGUUANACUCGGCCCGAGGUAAUGAAGGUGGCUGCUGGAGCAGGAGGAGACUGGGCUAAGUUCAAGGCAGAAAUGCAGAGGCGGUUCAAGUUAGGGGAUGGUUUGUUAACGAAGACAGAUUUGGAGAUGUUACAGCGGGACGAGUUCUCCACGGUGGGAGCUUUCGCAACGGCGUUUCAGAAGAUGGCCAAGAAAGUCCCCGGAUUGGCAGAAGAAGAACAAUGUGCCACUUUCCUGGGGCACUCCAAGAAUUGGGAGGCCUCGUCGCUAACCAAGAAGGCUGCGCCAGGAAAGAAGCUCACUUGGGCCGCCAUAAAGGAGGGAGUAAUAGAAGGAGAGCUGGACCAAGUAGACAUCUUCCAAAUGCGACAGGCUAGGAAGAAAAGAAAGGCCUUGGACGCCACGACGAGCGGCGGGCGAGACUUCAAGAAACUGAUAGAAGAUGCAGUGGCCCGGCUCGAUGCGGAGAAAGAGGCAAAAAGGAAAACUAUGGCGGCACCACAGACCCAAGGGAAGGCAAAGAAAGCAGUGGUGCAGGAGGAAGAAGAAGAGGAAGAGGAAGAGGAGCUUGAGCCACAGAAGUUGACCAAGGCUCAGAGAAAGGCAAGGAACUUGGCUCAAGGGGGGCAGGGCUCAGGAAAGGGGCAGGUCCGUCAAGCUGUAGCCAUGCCACCUCCUGAGUCGCCUAGUCAGGCUGCACCAGCUCACUAUGGGCCAUGGCCAGGUUGUGGACCUUCGAGUCAUUGGCAUGGGCACUGUUCAUACGCCCCGUGGCCAAUGAGCGGGCCGCAUGGGUCGUGCGCCGGACCAUCAGUGAGCGCGGCUUCCUAUGGCUGCCCGGGACCCCAAGCGCAACAAGUGAGCCACCCGAACCCACCGCCAAACCAACCCCAGCAGUCAGCCCCACAAGGUUCGCAAGGCAAUCAAGGGGGUGGACGUGGACAGAACCAAGGGUGGAGCCGAGGACGGGGGAAUGGUGGCCGUGGAGGAAAUGGUAGAGGGAAUGGUGGUGGUAACACUUCAGGUGGCGGAAACGAGGGUUGGACGGCAUCUGGGAGUCAAGGCGGUCAAGAGGGUGGAAGAGGUGCUGGCAGAGGGAGAGUAGACUGGAGAAAUGCCAUUUGCUGGCAUUGUGGGCAGAAAGGCCACACUAUUAAGUUCUGCCACGUCAGGAGGAACGACGAGGACGAAGGUUUAAUUAGCACCAACUAUGAUGGAGACAUGUACGACAAGUGGGGGUACCACCUUGACCCGAAGAUUCCAGGCGGUACGAGGAAGGAAGCCCUGCGAAGGGCUGAGGCCGGUGAGCCACCCGCACCCCCAGCAAUGUUUCGGAUAUGGCAAGAGAAAGAGGUCCGUAGUGACGUCAGGGUGGAGGAGAUUCCGCUGAAGGAGUUUUUCCCAGGAGGUUGGUGGGACGAACUCACUCAUAGACCGGGAUCACAGGAUCGAAUGGGAGGCAAUCAUCCGCCAGAGGAGCAAUUCGGCGGCAGAGGGUUGCACAACAUGGCGGUGGAUGGGCAAAGAGCUAGAGGCAUGGGUAGCUCUCAACUGCUUUCCUCACAAGAGGUUGAUCCUCCAGCCUUUCGCCCCUCGCCAUAUAUGUUAGGAGCGAUCCCCUCUAACAACAAACCCACCGUCAAUGAGCUUCCGUGCACUACGCAGGAUGAGAGCUUCGACCCAAAAGAAGAUGGCAGCAUGAUCAUUCUUCCUUCGGGAAGGUCCGCAUGGAGAAGGAGGGAGCGGGAGCAGGACCAAGUUGUGCACGUCAGAUACAUGAGUAGGCUUAUGGAAGCGGUUCCUCUGAGAAGCAUGGUCCGGGAGGCACUCAGGCAGGUGAUGGGGGAGAGAUCGGCGAACUGGCUAGAGGAUGUGGUCAUCGGAUGCUUUGCUGACGAAGCCUUAGGUGCCAAGAUUUGCAAGUCGGCGAGGGUGUUCAGGAAAUUCAGGAUGAAUGAGUGGGAGGCAGGGUAUGUACCAGAGUUCUGCCCGUGCAGCACAGGGAGGCACGCCGAGUUCCUCAAUACUGCCACCAUCAAGAUGCUCCCGGAGGAAGGUACCUUGCACGUCAUCAUUAAUGACACCGGCGUAAUGAACAACGGCCAGCUGCAGCUCAUGCUCAAUGCGGGUUUGAAUCACAUCCCACUCAGAGCACUCGAUGAAGAGUUUACAUUGGACGAGGUUGAGGUAGCGCUUGACAAGAUACUUACCACGCGGAGAUGCGACGAGGAGCUAUCCCUAGGGGAAGAGAGGCAAAUGGAGGCGAUCGUGCGAGAGAACGCGAAGAAAUACGUCGAGAGCUUUCGAACGAAACAUAUGCAUAUUACAGGCGAACCUAUUAACAGUGUGGCAGUUGGCAUUGCAGAGGUUCUCGGGGCCGGACUUCACACCACUUCCAGGUUCACCGGAGCAGGAGGCGGCAAGGAGGACAUUCACAACCUCGACGAAGCGGUUCAGACACACAAUCAGGUGUUUGACCAACUCACCAGCCGCCUCCAGCAGCUGGAACAAACCGUCGCCGCCCCCGUUGCCAGCUCUUCCAACACCUCCGAUCGCCUCGAGGCAUUGGAGAUUGAUGUCGGAUCCCUCAACGACGGCGUGCAGUUACAGCAAAACCCCACACAACAGUUGGAGCAGCGGAUCUGUACUGCCGCCACUCACUCGAGAUCGGAACCGCGCGAGACAACUCCAAAGUUCGAUGAUCAGGAGAUCUUCUGCGAUUCGACGAAGACGGACCCGAUUCCGUGGUUCCGUAAGUUCGAACUGAAGUUGCAGCUACACUAUGUCAGCGAGCACAAGCACCACUCAUACUUAUACUCCCGCUCAGGGGGCGCGUGCCAAGCAUGGCUGGACAAUCUCCUGUCCAAGUACAAAGUGGUAGCUUCCGACUUGCAUACCAAGAUCAGCUGGGAUGAUCUAAAGGCGGCGUGGCAUAAGCGGUUCCAAGUAGAGCCGCCGAAGAUCAAGGCAAUGGACAAGCUGAUGGUCUUCGAAAAAGGCGCGCUGCCGAGUACCAACACUUGACAUCCGUCCCAGACAUUCAAAUGGGCUUCAAAGCCAUCAAACACUA